AUGCCUUUCAACCCUCCCCAAGUGGGAACCUUUCCGCCUGACGAUAACUUGUAUCGCGUCGAGUCGAACAUUUCUACCGCCUCGGAUUCAACCAUAUCCCUCUCAUACCUUGAAGACUACGGCAUUCUUUCUCACUUUCCUUCCCAGGCUGAGCGCCCUGCUUUGAAAACAAUCGAGGCUAAUCUCUUCUCUGAGCAGUCCGACACAGACCCUCCUAUCACCCCCACCCCCGUCGAUUUUCCCGAGAAGCCGGCGGUAGUUGAAGAGAAACAAGGAUUUAUUGAGUUCAGGGUGGUCAACAAUGACAAUUCGAGGGAGAGCAACAUUAUCUUGACUGGACUGAAAUGCAUUUUCCAAAAGCAACUGCCAAAAAUGCCCAAGGAUUACAUCGCUCGUCUGGUAUACGAUAAAACACAUCUGUCCAUCGCAAUUGUCAAGCAGCCUCUCGAGGUGGUAGGUGGUAUCACAUACCGACCGUUCAACUCGAGAAGGUUUGCUGAGAUUGUCUUUUGCGCCAUUUCAUCAGAUCAGCAGGUCAAGGGGUACGGCGCCCAUCUGAUGGCGCACUUGAAAGACUAUGUCAAGGCUACCUCGCCGAUCAUGUAUUUUUUGACCUACGCCGACAACUAUGCGAUUGGUUACUUUAAAAAGCAGGGUUUCACCAAAGAGAUCACCCUGGAGAAGUCGAUUUGGAUGGGAUAUAUCAAAGAUUACGAAGGAGGAACAAUCAUGCAAUGCAGCAUGUUGCCCAAGAUCCGCUAUCUGCAAGCUCCUCGAAUGCUUCAGAAGCAGAAGGAGGCAGUCAUGGCCAAGAUCCGAGCCGUGAGCAAGUCCCACAUUGUUCACCCUCCACCGGCACAAUGGAAGAACGGCGUCGUCGAGAUAGACCCCAUGUCAAUUCCGGCUAUCAAAGAGUCUGGAUGGUCUCCUUCGAUGGACGAACUUUCCCGACAGCCUCGACACGGCCCGAACUACAAUCAGCUUCUUCACUUGCUCAACGACAUGCAGAACCAUACAGCAGCGUGGCCGUUUGCCCAGCCGGUGAACAAGGAUGAGGUCCCCGAUUACUACGAAGUCAUCAAAGAGCCGAUGGACCUGUCAACAAUGGAAGAACGACUACAAAACGAUCUGUAUCCUAGGCCGGAAGAUUUCAUCAAGGACGCCAAACUCAUCUUCGACAAUUGCCGGCGCUACAACAACGAAACGACGCCAUACGCCAAAAGUGCGAACAAGCUGGAAAAGUUCAUGUGGCAACAGAUCAAGAAUAUCCCGGAGUGGUCGGUGAGUGGUUAUAUCCUGACAAUACUUCGGAGUUCCGACACGCUGACAUGGUUGAUGCAGCACCUUGCAGAGUAA